UUUAAAUAAAAACUUCAGUUUAAAGCGCGAAAUGUUUGCUACUUGCUUAACUUUACAAGUUACUUUGUUUACAUAUUUAUUUAUAUAGCAUUACUAUGCCUUCUGAUAUCAAUUUUGUUUUAAGAAGAAGUUAUGUUCCAUUUAUUACCUAUCAAACUAAAGUGUUUGCAGCCAAUCGAUUGGUUGAAAAUCUUUCUUCUUGUCUCGAUGAUGAAUAUCACAUUGAGGGCGAAAUGGGGAUGCCAUUACCCCCUUUUGUAGCAAAGUUUAGUGAUGAACUCUUGUAUGGAAAUAUGCUUGGUGUUGCUGAUGAAGAUGGGCAUGUGAAACUUAUUGAUUCUAGAAAAACAAAAAACAGUUCUUUGGUUAAAGAAUGGUCUGCACAUUCCAAUGCUGUUUUUGAUAUUGCGUGGGUAAAUAAUGACACAAAAAUGGCCACUGCUUCAGGUGAUCAAACUGCAAGAGUAUGGGAUAUUGAAAAAUCAGAAACAACUGCUAUUUUUCGUGGUCACACUUGCAGCUUGAAAUCAGUGGCUGUACAACCAAAUAGCAGUGCUGUUUUUUUAACUGGUGCGAGAGAUGGUAACAUUAUGUCAUGGGAUACCAGAUGCUAUAUGAAAAAUGGUUUUUACAAUCCAGUUAAUACAAUAACAAAUGCUCAUUGUAUCCAACAAAACUUUCAGUUGCCUGUAAAGCAAAGAAAGUCUCGCCGCAAUUCUAUGUAUAAUUCAACUGACCUGAAGACAAGUGUAACAGCAGCUUUGUUUCAAAAUGAAAACAUUAUUAUAUCUUCUGGUGCAUGUGAUGGUGCUCUCAAAUAUUGGGAUAUCCGCAAGGUCUAUACAGUUCAUAAAGGUGAACCAGUUGCGUACCAUGUUAUUCAAUUUCCUGGAAAAAGCCAUCGCAAACAUGGCUAUACAUCCUUAGUUCUUAAUUCUACAUCUUCCAGACUGUAUGCUGUUUGUACAAAUGAUGUUGUAUAUGAAUACUCUACUUCUAAUAUGUCUUCUACACCUUUAUCAAUUUAUGAAGGGCUACAAUCAUCAUCUUUUUAUGUUAAAGCAGCUUUGUCACCUGAUGAUGGAUUUUUAUUAUGUGGUUCAAACGACUGUCAAGCAUAUAUCUGGAAGACAAAUUCAUCUGAUAAACAACCUUGGGUUUUAAAAGGUCAUCUUGGUGAAGUAACUAGUGUUACAUGGUCGCCAAAUCUAGGAGAUAAGGUUGUUACUUGUUCAGAUGAUAACACUUUUAAAAUCUGGCGAUUGUUUCAAGAUAGUUCUAAAAUCCAAAUAACAGGAACUUGUGAGAAAAAAGAAUCUCAACCAGUUGUAACACUUGAUGAUAUAUUACCUAGACCGGUUUCACUUGAAAAUAAGACUUUGUUAAAGAGUUGUUCUUUGUUACCUUCUUGUUUACCUUUGCAUAUCAGUUCUAAUCAAAAACUUUAUGCAAGUUGGACAUUUGAUCAAAGAUGUUCUAUUUUUGAAAAAAUGAAAAGUAAAUUGUUAGAAGAAUCUCACUUCACAUCGAUGACGCCGAAAACUCCAACGUUGAAUAAUACAUCUGCUACAAAUCAAUACUUUACUCCAAUGUUGAAUAAUGUUGAAUCUGCUACAAAUCAAUACUUUACUCCAAAAGCUUCUCGUAUGACAAGUUGCACACCAUUUUUAAAACUUUCAACUCCUAAUAGUCUUAUGACAAAAGCGCGGUCACUUCCUGCUACUUGCAAUAUUGAAAGUUCAGUACUUAAAACAACUUGUUCAUCUUUAGAAACAUGGUUAAAGUCUAUAAAUACAAACAUGCGUUUAGUUAGUGAUAUUGAUUCAAAAAAUUGCGAGUCGACAAAGGAAGUACUGUCAAACUCUUCACAAAACACUAUAUCUAAUCUCACUUCGAAUUGCACAAACCUUAGUGGUUUUAAAGAGGGAAUAAACAAAACAAACGUUAAAUACAAAAAAUUAGAUAUAAACAGGGUAAACAGACGCGACGUUUUAUCUUUAAAUAUUGCAGAACUAUUUCUUUCCGGAAAGCGGAAACGUCAGCCUGAUGGAACUGCGCAGUGUUUAAAACAAUGUAAGAGAGAUAAGGAAAACAUUACGUCCGAAAGUUCUAGCUCGAUUAGCCGUGAUGACAAUAGAGUAUUAGUGCCUAGAAUUAAAGAUUUAUUAGAUCACGCAGAAGACUCCUCUCAAAUUUGAUAUAAUUUUUUAUGCGUCUUUUAUUUAUUUACUAACGGAAUUAUUAUUUUUUUUUAACUUGAAGAAAUUGUUGUAUCAUUUUAUUUAAGCCUAUUAUUGAAUUCGAAA